AUGCACGUGGUUCAAAGAAAGCUGGCUGACGCAAAGGCCGAGGACGGAGACUCUUCACAGCCAUCGCCCCAGACGUCCCGAGCAGUCUGCGCUUAUCCGCCAGAGAACCCGCUGCCCCGGUAUGCCGCUUCAAACCACCGGGCGUACGCCGCCCGCCAUGGCUACCGAUACCGCCUGGAGCAGAGGCAGCUGGCCCCCGAGAGGCCCCCGGCCUGGGGGAAGGUGCGGCUCCUCCAGCAGGUGCUUGAGGAGGAGCCCAAUGUGGAUUGGUGGCUCUGGUUUGACUGCGACACCUUCUUCAUGAAUAUGAGCGUGACCGUAGACUCCCUUCUCUACCGGUACGCCUCGGCCCCUGGGGGCCUGGAUGCCAGCAUCCACCUCUUGGCCGCCGAGGAUGCUGCCAUGCUGAACACGGGAGCCUUCCUCCUGCGGCGCUCCGACUGGAGCCGCAGCUUCUUGCGCCGCGUAUGGGGGAAGCAGGACUCCAUCUGGAUCUCUCAUCCCUGGUGGGAGAAUGCCGCCAUGAUCUGGGACCUCCUCAGAUUCAACUCUGAGAAGUUUCGGUACGACCUGCGUCCAGACGUCUACCCAAAGGAGGUGCGCAUCCUGCCGCAGUUCGAGUUCAACUCCUACCACCCGGCCACCGCGCAGACCCUGCACGAUACCUGGAUGCCGGGUAAGUUUGUGUUGGCUUUCAACGGCGUCCUCUCAAACACUAGCCCUGGGGUGGUCCAAGCCCUGUAUGGGUACUACUACGAGCUUGCCUGCGAGCUGAACAGGAUCCCUGUUGUUCCCGUGGGCCGGGAGCCAGCAGAUGAAGGAGAAUGCCUUCGACGCCAGGAGCCCCUCCCGUGGCUGCAGGGAGCCGGCUACUACGCCAGUCCGGCUGCUUAUGGCCGGGAGCACAGAGCACUGGCUACACAGCAGUCGCGCCGCGACACCGACCUGUUGAAAGUUGCAGUGACUUAG